CGUCUCGAGACUGCGCACUGUAGAUGUGUUUAUGUCCGUCUUAAUAAAAGCUUAUGGAGACGUCCUUCCAUGGUCAGUCUUUGAGAGCACAGGUUUAGUUUCACGAUCGUUCUUGGAUCUGUGGUUACUGCCAAAGAUAGGCUCACGCGUCCCCGGUACAUUGUACAUCGGAGCCAAAACUCCGAAAUCGGAAUCAGUGGUUGGCCACGCGCCAAACGCGACUUGAAUCAGCGUUUCACGCGAAACAUCAGCGAGAACACUUUCUGGGCGUGUGAUAUAUUACGUAAUGUUUCAUUGUUCUAAACUUGAGCGAGUAUGCCGGGGUCCAGGUACGUCUGUGUGGAAUGUUGGAGCAGUAAGCAGGUAGCUAGCUGGCUGAGGGAACAGGGAUUUCAUGAAUAUGUGGAUCUACUGUGCUCUAAACACCGUUUGGAUGGAGCCAGCCUGCUGUGCCUUAGUGAAACUGAUCUACGGUCCCCUCCACUGGAGCUUAAGGUGCUUGGUGACAUAAAGAGACUGAUGCUGGCAGUGCGGAGACUACAGAGACAACACGUGGCCCUCGCACACUUAGUGUCAGAGGUCAAUGCAUUGUCUCCCAUUCACACUGGGGGACUGGACCGUACAGUAUGUAACAGCUUCGCAGAACGAGGGUCAGGAGACUACCAACACUGUAAUGGGGUUGGGGUGGUCACCACAGUAGGUGGAGAACAUAGCACUGGUUAUUCUAAUGGGAAGCAUAAACAGAAUUCUGGUCGGUUGGACCCAGAGUACUGGAAGACUGCACUCGGUGCCCUCUAUGCCAUGCUGGUGUGCGGAGUGACAUCAUUCGUAAUGGUGCUUGUGCAUGAGAGAGUUCCUGACAUGCAGAUGUACCCGCCACUUCCAGACAUAUUUCUGGAGAGUGUACCCAGAAUUCCCUGGGCUUUCGCCAUGGCUGAAGCAUGUGGAGUGGUGCUGGGUUUCAUAUUACUGCUAGUGUUGUUGAUGCACAAACACAGGUCCAUUCUGUUUCGCAGAUUGUGUAGUUUAAUGGGGACAGUGUUCUUGCUCCGCUGUGUUACUAUGUUUGUCACUUCACUGUCUGUACCUGGUCAUCAUCUGCAGUGUUCAGGCAAGAUGUAUGGUGAUAUCUGGGCAAAAGUGCAGCGUGCAUUGGACAUCUGGAGUGGACUUGGCAUGUCUUUAACGGGUGUUCAUACAUGUGGGGAUUACAUGUUUAGUGGACACACUGUUGUUCUCACCAUGCUCAACUUCUUUAUCACUGAGUAUAUGCCACGUAACUGGAACUUUAUCCAUACCAUGUCUUGGGUCCUAAACCUGUUUGGAAUCUUCUUCAUCUUGGCGGCUCAUGAACACUACUCUAUUGACGUCUUCAUUGCAUUCUACAUUACCACCAGACUGUUCCUGUACUACCACACGCUUGCAAACACACAAGCCUAUCAGCACAGCCGCAGAGCACGUAUCUGGUUCCCUCUCUUCUCUUUCUUUGAGUGCAAUGUGACCGGACCUGUUCCAAAUGUGUAUAGCUGGCCUUUCUCCAAACCUAUCUUAAUGAAGAAAAUUAUAGGAUAGACUGUGUGAGUUUAUGUGUAGCUCAGACUGUGGCUUCACAGUCGUCUUCUUAUUUGGUGUCUUGGUGGAUUAUUUAUUUGUUUAUUUAUUGCUUUUUGUUCACUUUCUUGCAACCUUUAUCUAAUGGUUUGGAUUACACUUUAAAUAAGAACACUGUCUUGUUUUGGUGACUUGCACUUCUUAAAAUAUUGGAAAAUAUCUGUAUACGAAUCUAUAAAACGCAUACACAAUUUGAAAGGCUUAUUUUUUUCGUUGGAUACACUUGAGUAAUUAAUAUCACGGUUUCCUUUUACUGGUACUGGAACAAGAAUUCACUUGUGAAGCAGUUUGAGAACCGAAAACACAGUAUUUAUAUCACACUAACAGUUAGCCUAUAAUAUUUAAACAAACACUUGCAAUGUCAGAGGGGUUAAAAUUAGAGGGAGUUAAAAAAAUACAAAUAUAGCUCAUCAGUAUUGAGCCCUUAUACUGCACUGCUGUCUUUGAUUUCUUGUUUACUGCGGUGCCUAUUAUUAUGUUGGGAUACUUCAUAAUGGUUCAUAUUUGAAGACAUAUUAUAGCCAAGGAGAUGUAAUGCUUAUGUUUUACUGAUUUUGACUCUUUGCUAUUAAUUUAGUUUUGUAUAAAUACUUUAAUCUCUUUGGGAUCCUAAAAGAGAUUACUAUUACAAAAUGUUUUACCAAUAUUAGCAUUAGUAUUAAUGUCAGCAACCCACUUCAUUGAAAUGAUCUACACUUUUAUAUGGACUUCAUUGUAAAAAGGAAGGUACAUAAUUUUUGUUUAUCUGUAAGAUUAAUUAUGUUUGUCAGUAUAAGGGGUGUGUGUGUGUGUGUGUGUGUGUGGGCGGGUUUGAGUGGUUUACGAGCAAAUGUUUUUAGGUUACAGACUGGUAAUUACAAGGGUAUUGUGCUAUAAAUGUGGUUUAUGAGGACAUUUCUAGUGUCCCCAUAAUUCAAAUCGCUUAAAAAAACAUGAUGUUUUUUUGAAAAUGUAAAAAUGCAGAAAGUUUUUUGUGAGGGUUAGGAUUAGGGGUAGGGUUAGGGGAUGGAAUCUAUAGUUCAUAAAGUAUAAAAAUAAUUAUGCCUAUGUCGAGUCCUCAUAAGGAUAGCCGCACCAACGUGUGUGUGUGUGUGUGUGUGUGUGUGUGUGUGUUUGUGUGUGUGCGUGUGCAUGGAAGUCGGGUGCUCGCUUAUGGAAGUCAUGUGUUUGUGAAUGCAACUAAAAUUUAUAACGCUGUUUCUGUUUUAGUGUUUUAUUUAAAUGUAAUUUGGUGCCAACAGAAGUCUUAUCAAUUGGUUUACCAUUUACAAGACCAGACUUACUAAAAUAAUAAAACUUUACAGACUUACACUA